GUGUAUAUAUAAAAGGGAAUAAUUCUAUUAACAUUAUUUUUGACGACUCUUCCAAACUUUAAUCCUUCAAGAACUUUUUCAUUAUGAAAAAUACAUCGAAUACUUCAUUAUUAUCAUUGAAAAAUGGAUACGGAACAUUUCCUGAAUCCUCCGCUACCAUUGCACUACAAAAAAAUCUAUCGAGAGCACUCGAGUGUGGUAAAAAAUGUUAUAGAAAUCCUAUAUCUGGUUGUACAUUUUGCAAAACUAUACCUUUUCCAACAACAUUAGUUGUAAAAAAUGAUGGAUCCACUGCGCGUGAUAAUUGUUCAAUCGAAAGGAAUUUUUUGUCAUGGUUACGGCUUUCAGUGGCGCUAGGAUUUAUUGGAAUAUCUUAUUACUUUCGUUUUGAUAUUAUAUCACCAGCAUUACCAUCUGAAAACGAGAAAGACCAAUAUUCUUAUUCGAUUUUGUUGGGUUCAUUUUUCAUAUGUUUGGGAAUUUUUGUAUUGAUAUGGGCUUUAUUUAAUUAUUUUCACUUUCAAAAAAUGCUAGCAGAGAGGUAUAUUGCUGUUCAGCAUGAAACCAUUCAUUUUUCUGUAGCUGCGCUUGUAGGAUUGGCAAUUUCAAUGGCGUGCAUUUUUAAUAUUGUACAAGAAGACGGUUAAGGUUAGGAUAUGACUAUAAUCUUGAAAUACGGAGAAUCAAGUUGUACUAGUUGUACUUGAUUUUAUCAUUACGGAGAGUCCUUGUUUAUUGAUAUACCGGGUAUACCGGGAUAUACCGAGUAAAUAUCGGAGAUCGUCGGAUGACACAAAAUUCGCCUUCGAAAGUGAUAAUAUAGAAUCUAGAAGAAUAAUAAAAUUUAGUUUUAAAAAAUUUGCAUAAUAAAAAUUAUUAUGCUUUUUUAUGGAAAUUUUCAACAAAAAUUACCUCUCGUGUUGUUACUGACCUACAAUUUAGUGAUCCGAUAGUGGAUAUCCACAGAUAGAGCUAUAUCACGAAUCCGUUGUAGAUAUAAACUGUCUCUAAAAAGCGUAAAAAAAAAAAUAUUUCAUUAUUAGUUAAUAUUUAAUAAAAACUUUAAAAUAUGAAAAUAUAAUAACUAUUUAUUUUAUAAAGAUUACUUUAGUAUUACUUUAUAAAUUUUCACAAAAUA